AUUGAUGAAAUUGAAGCUCUUUCAUCCAUAUAUGGUGAAGAUUGGUGUGUUGUUGAUGAAGAUGAAAAAAUCUAUUGCAUUAAGAUUAAUGAUUGUCUGGAUCGACCAAAAUGGACCCUCUGUCUGCAGGUGAUUUUGCCGCCAGGAUAUCCAACUGCAGAGCCACCUAUUUAUCAACUAAAUGCCCCUUGGCUUCGAGGACAAGAUUAUAUGGAACUAGCAAAUAGCUUGGAAGAAAUAUAUGUGCAGAACCUUGGUGAAAGUAUACUUUAUUUAUGGGUGGAGAAGAUACGAGAAGUUCUGAUAGAAAAGGCACAGUCAUCAGAUCCAGAACCAGAUACUAAGAAAACCAGUGAAGAAGAUGGAGAUGAUUUUCUCCUAGACUAUCAGCCCAUUCAGGAAGAUCCAAUUAAAACGUUAAAUUGCAUUACAUCUGAAAGUCAAGAAGAUGAAGAGCUGCCAUCCAUACAUCAUGGAAACCCAAUCACAGAUCGAAGGAGUACUUUCCAGGCACAUCUGGCUCCUGUGGUGACACCCAGACAAGUAAAGAGAGUUCUUGAAAAAUUGUAUGAGAAUAAGAAAAUUGCAAGUGCUACCCACAACAUAUAUGCAUACAGAAUAUACUGUGAAGAUAAGCAGACGUUCUUACAGGAUUGUGAAGAUGAUGGGGAGACAGCAGCAGGUGGACGUCUUCUUCAUCUUAUGCAGAUUUUGAACGUCCGCGAUGUGUUGGUCGUAGUAUCGCGCUGGUAUGGAGGUAUUCUGUUAGGACCAGAUCGUUUUAAACAUAUAAACAAUUGUGCAAGAAACAUACUCGUGGAAUACAACUAUGUACAUUCAGUGGAAGAGUCAUCUAAACAAGCAGGAAAGAGCAAAAAGAUAAGGAAAGACAACAAGAAGAGAACAGAAGACUAAUUUUUUAAAAACUAGGAAAGAUUAUUUUGCACAUAUUUAUACAAAGAAAACAUGGACACUAUUGCCUUAUCCAAUACAACAGAUAUUUUGUAUUCAAAAGAUAAUUCAGUAAAGCUAUAGAUAUAUUUU